CGCCAGGCUUGUCCGCAUAGCAGGCGGCAAACAGCGACGCUAGACGGCUGCUCUGGACGCGGUACGUUGCUCUGCGCUUAAAAUCACUGCUCUCGGCACUGUGUUCAAAAUCGCUUGCGCUGCGGGCGUCCUCGCGGCGAUCAGCAGCUCCAGCGACUGAAAGGCGAGGGUGGCCCAGCGGCGCGGCGCGGGACGCGCACGCGGCACCAAUCGCCGAGCGAGCUACCACGGGUCGCGCGCGGCCGCUGAGCAUCUCUUGCACACGUGAGGAGGCCCAGCGCGCCGCUCGCCGCUCGCCGGCGGCACCCGAGACCGCUACGCUCCCCUGAGCAAGGCGGACACGGGCACGCUCGUCGAAGCACUCGUGACGCCGUCGACGCGACGCCGUCGACGCGGCACCACGCCAUCGAGACCACGCGCACGCGAGGCGCUCACCGUUCAUACCACGCAGGUCCGUGACGCGUCUUGAGCGACCAUGAAGCUCAACAUCGCCUGCCCGUCGACGGGCGCCCAGAAGUGGGUCGAGGUCGACGACGAGAAGAAGCUGCGCGCGUUGUACGACAACCGCAUCGGCGCCGAGGUCGAGGGCGAAGCAUUGGGCGAGGAGUUCAACGGUUAUGUCUUCCGUAUUUCUGGAGGCAACGACAAGCAGGGCUUCCCCAUGAAGCAGGGUGUGCUCUGCAACCACCGCGUCAAGCUCCUGUUGAGGGCGGGCGCGUCGUGCUACCGCCAGCGGAGGUCGGGCGAGCGCAAGCGCAAGUCGGUCCGAGGGUGUGUGGUUGGCCCGGACCUCGCCGUGCUCAACCUAGUAGUGGUCAAGCAGGGCGACGCCGAGAUCGAGGGCCUCACGGACACGCAGGUGCCGGUUAGGUUAGGCCCCAAGCGCGCGAACAAGAUUCGCAAGCUCUUCGCGCUGUCGAAGGAGGACGACGUGCGCAAGUACGUCAUCCGCCGCAAGUUCACGAAGAAGAACGGCAAGGAGGUGACCAAGGCGCCCAAAAUCCAGCGGCUCAUCACGCCGAUCAUGCUCCAGCGCAAGCGCGACAUGAAGCGCAAGAAGAUGGCCCAGGUGGCCAAGGUCAAGAAGGACGCGGAGGAGUACCACCGCGUCCAGACGCAGCACAUCCAGGCCGCGCGGGCCUCGCGGCGCUCGGCCGUGUCGAAGCGCCGGUCGUCGCGGCGCUCCAAGGCCGAGGCGACGGCGUAGGCGCGGGCUAACAAACUUAGAUCAA